UUCCGCCCUUGGCCGCCUCGCGCCACUUCGCCGCGCACGUUGGGCCGCCCGCUGAUUGGCUGGCUCCGUCCGAGCGUCCGGUCGGCGGCGGCGGUUGAGGCCUAGGCAUUCCGCGCAGGCGCAGGAGGCGGCUCGCGCUCGCUCGCUCAGUCGCUCGCUCUGAGGGUGAAGAGGCCUUGUCUUCUGCCGCGCCGUUUGCCGCCUCCGUGAGGGGAGAAGGGGAAGGAGCCGCCGCCGCCGCCUCAGCCACCGCUUCAGCCACCGCCGCCGCCAUCAUGAGCGUGGAGGCGUACGGGCCCAGCUCCCAGACGCUGACUUUCCUGGACACGGAGGAGGCCGAGCUGCUGGGCGCCGACACGCAGGGCUCCGAGUUCGAGUUCACCGACUUCACGCUGCCCAGCCAGACCCAGACGCCGCCGGGAGGAGGAGGAAGCGGCGGGGCCUCCGCGCAGGGCAACCCCGGAGGAGUCUCGGCAGGAGGAGGAGGAGGAGCCGGCGGGCCGCCCUCCGUCGCCCUCUCGCCGGGGCAGCUGGACGCCCAGGUGAGGCCUGCGAGGUGGGGGCGGGGGGCGGAGAAGACCCGUUGCUUUAUUAUGCCUUUAUUAGGUGGGAAGCCGCCCAGAGUGGCUGGGGCAACCCAGGCAGAUGGCGGGGGCACAAAUAAUAAAAUUACUUAAUAAUAAUAGUGAUUAUUAGCAGCAAUGGGCCUAAGUUAGUGGUGCCCGCUUAGGCAUGACACGCCUAACUAACACGCCUGUUAGUCCCGUCAGUCCACGCCGAUGUGUUGGGGCCAAGAAAGGCCUGCUCGGAGUAGGCCCGUCGAAAAGUAGCCCAAGUUAGUGGUGCCUGUUAGCUUCCAUAGGUUGUGUCCAUUUAAGAGCAGACCGGCAUCUUAUUUAGUCAGGUGCAUUAAUUUGCUAUAGGUUGUGCCCAAGGUGAGUUCUACACAGUGUAGGCCGGUUGGAAACGCUGGUUGCAUUAAUCAUAGGAUUGUAGAGUUGGAGGGGACCUCGAUGGUCAUCUAGUCCAGCCCCCCCCCCAAUGCAGGAAUCUUAGCUAAAGUAUCCAGGACAGAUAGCCAUCCAACCUCGGCUUAAAGACCUCAAGGAAGAAUAUCAGCGGCUUGUGUCUAAGUGAGUCAUGUCCAUUAUUGUCAGUGGGUUGCAUCCAUUUAAGUUGAACACAGAGUAAGCCCAUUGAGAAGGAUGGACCUAAGUUCAUCAGAUGCAUUAAUUUGAGUGGGUUGUAUUUAAGUAAGGUAAGCUAAGAGUAGGCCCAUUGACAACAGUGGGCCUAAGUCAUGUCUUUUAAUGUCAGUACGUUGUGUCCAAUUAAGUCUACACAGAGUAGGCCCACUGAAAAUAAUGCACUUAAGUUAGUCAUGUCCAUUAAUUUCAGUGGGUUGGGUCCAAGUAAGUUCUGCUCAGAGUAGGCCUUCUUUGAGUAGAACUUUAGACAUUUGAAGUCCCUAGUAGCCUAUUGAUUUCAGUUGGUCUGCGCCAACCACCACCUAUUUUUAAAAAAUACUUUGAUAUAGUAUUUUUAAAGGGGGUGGGUUGUAUUCAACAUUAGCCGUACUCAGAGUUAGACUCAUUGAAGUUAAUGGGCAAAACUAAUAAGCUUAAUACUAGAUGUAACCCAUUACUUUCAGUUGAUCUACUCUGAAGUAUGACUAAUGUUGGAUACAGCCUAUUGAAAAUUAGUGGAUCUAAUUACGUUACCUCCUUUAAGGGGUCUGCUCUGAUUAUGACCAACAUUAGAUUUCUCAGCUGUCUUCCAUCAUGGAACCCACAUGUACUUCCCAAGAGGCCUCCUGGCCAGGUGCUAACCCCAUAUUGUUGGGCUCCUAAUUCAUGGUGGCUUUUGGCACUGUAGCUCAGUAGGAGAGCACUUCAAAACUCUGGUGAGCUGUUGCCAGUCGCUGUUGGUGGUGCUGAGCUAGAUAGACCCGGUGGUCUGACUCUAAGGCAGCUUCCGAUGUUCUUAUGAGGGAGUUGAAGUCCUCCAACAACAUCUGGAGAGAAACUGAAAUCCCCCAGCCCUUCUUUGGACAUAUACUCAAGUAAUCCUUUGUGUGGCACUUGGGGAGGCCGCAAGGGAAGGGCCUUUCUUGACCCACAAUGGGAGAGGCCAAAUGCAGAUUUUUUUAUACCAUUGUGCACUAUUAAAAAUAGAUACAUGCCUAUGUUAUGUAGCAUUUUGCUAUUAAAAACAUCAUUUUUUUCACCCUAGAGUUGAGGCAUAAAUUAAUGGACCUAAAUUAGUCUUGUCUGUUAUUUUCAGUAGGUCUGCUCUGAGUAGGGCUAGCAUUGGAUGCAAGCCAGUAUUUUUAGCCACAAAGAGAGGAGGUGAAGGCAAUAGUGGGGGUAGUGCAUAUACAAUGUGUGUCUAUUAGUUUGUAAUUAAAAGCAGUGUUUUCUAGAUAGGAGGUGGAAAAUAUAUCGGGGAACUAUGAGUAUCUGUCCCCAAGUAUUAAUGAGAAUUACUGGGCAAGUUAAGAAAUACUUGGGGAGGGGGUUGUCAAUAACGGGCAUGUACAACUUCUCCAAGUCAAGUUGCAGGGGAAAGUGAAGGAAUACAAGGCAGUAUGUGUGUCUAGUUUUAAAGAUGGGGGAAGGAGAAGAAAUAAUGUGGAAGAGAGCUUCAUUUGUGUGUAUGUUUCCUGGUUGAAAGCUGUCUUCUUAGGGUUGAUGAAAAGAAAUAUGGUAUGUCUCGGUAUUAAUAUUAAUGUUCCUGAGAGAAGGACAUGGUGGUUUUUCAGUGGAACUUGGUCACCACUAACCUGUAGCUGAGUUGGUACCAGUGUCUGUAAUUUUGUAUUAAAGAGCCUUAGGGUGGGGGUUGACGAAACAUUUCCUGUUUGCAUGUAAACUAGGCAUAAAAUAUUGGAGGAAUUCAGUAGUCUUGCAGAUAAGUCCCCCAAAGUCACAAGUCCUCAAGCUGUUACUAGUCUGCUUCUUAUUAUCACUUAACUUCUAGCCAUUUUGUCUCUGACCCAGCUCCCUCCCAUUUUUUUAAGGCUUCCCUGUCUCAUUAUCCAAAGGCAACUCUUACUUGACACAGGUGACUGAGUAAAUGACUCUUUACAAAAGCAGAAUAUAGUUGUGUAGAGUACUUUGUGGUUGAGCAGGAAACUGGGGGGGGGGGGAGAGAGAGAGACCGGAGGGAGCAGAGAGGAACAAAUACGUGGCAAAUACAACAUAACCGUUUGUAGUUAAAGCAACCUUUUAGAGACGAGGCAAUAUUAAUACUGGGGGCAGGGCAGGCAGUAGUGUACAAGGUAGUUAUAAAAUGCCUAUGAGCACUUCCUGGAUUAAGUCGUUGCUUCUGCAGUAAGGACAUGGUUUCUUACCAAACUAUGUAAGAGCUUUAUUAGUGUUCUGUGGAUACAGCAACACGGAGAACAGUAGCUGAACCUCUGAAUAACUGGGUGUGGUGUGAACUGGGGGGCAAGGUGCACUCAUGCCUAAUGAGCACAUCUUCCCCACACAAGUGCCCAGCCUGCUCUCUGGAUUUCCCCUGUCUGGCUGUGUUUGAGAGCUCUGCUCUCAAACCAGGCUUUCUUAUGGGUCCUUCCUUUGGAGGAGAGUUUAAUUGCCUUGUGUGGCUUGUUAAAGGCAAUUGAAGUUUCUCGUUGUGAAGUUAGAACUUCUGUCUGUACAGGUGUGAGUUUUCGCAGGCCUUCUCUGAUAACUUUGUGUCUCCUUUAUAAGAAUCAAAUUGUUGGCACACCUCACACGUUACAAGGUAACCUUGGUGAUUUGCCUUUCUAUGCCUGUGCAUUAGUGGAGCUUGAUAGAUAUAUCACACAUGGCAUUGUCACUUGGUUCCACCCCACCCACCUUUUUUGACCAUAUAGAUUCAGGAAUAAUUUCAUGCACUGCUUAUCUUCACCAAUAAGUGGAUCUUGGUCUGUUACUGCUCCUACAAAAAGAAUGUUUUGUAACAAAAAAAAAGUGUUUUUAAAAUGUAAGCCAAAAGCCCUGUCAGCUAAUUUCCCUAAUACAGUGGUACCUCAGGUUAAGUACUUAAUUAGCUAAUGGGGCCUCCUGCUGCCGCUGCGCCGCCGGAGCCCAAUUUCUGUUCUUAUCCUGAAGCAAAGUUCUUAACCCGAGGUACUACUUCUGGGUUAGCGGAGUCUGUAACCUGAGGCGUAUGUAACCUGAAGCGUAUGUAACCCGAGGUACCACUGUACUGUAGUGCUCCCUUGAACCAAGUGUUUGCUUAAAUCAUAUUAAGUGACCCAAACUCCAUUGGAACUUUAUUCAGACACAAGUUUGAAACUGGUGUGUUCAGUUUGUGGAAACACUCUUCCCAGAAGCAACAGCCAUAUAAGGCAGGGACUGAUGUGAGCCUGGCUUUGCUGGUGGAGGCUGAUGCAGGCAUUGGUAGCCCAAAACAUCUGGAAGGAGUGGCAGGUUGGUGAAGGCUGGAAUAAACUAGAUGCAAGGGGUAAACACAUCCAUGCCCCUUCCUGAAAAUCAAAGGCCUUGCUGGGUAGAAAGUACAAAAGUGAGGCGCUUGCAUUGCCUGUGUGGAGCAAGAAAACCAAAGCAGCUGUGAAGCCCACUUGUAGCACCCAGUUCAAGCCAGCUGCAGCUUUGAAAUUGACAGCUUAGUAAGCAUUUCCAUCCUUGUCAUAGCAUAUGUAGCCUACUGUAUAAUUGGCUGGAUGAUGGAGAGGAGGCCCCACUGCCUUGCCUGUCAGUAAUCUGGACAGUAACAUUUCUCUUGAACUGUAUUUGCUCUAGAGAUCGCACACAACAGCAAACUUUACAUUGCAUAUUUUCUUUCUUCCUGCUUAUUGUUUGUUGUUGUUACCACCACCACCCGCAUGUCAGAACCUUCUAAGAAAUAGAGAGUGAAAGUGAAGCCCUCUUCUCUGGUUGGAUGGUAGUCAAACUUGGCUGUCCAGUUUCUAAUCUAUUAAAAAACUCCAAAAACCCCCCAAGAUUUACCAGUACAGUGAUAUCUCGGGUUACGUAUGCUUCAGGUUACAGACUCCACUAACCCAGAAAUAGUACCUCAGGUUAAGAACUAUGCUUCAGGAUGAGAAGAGAAAUCGUACUUAGGCGGUGGCGGGAGGCCCCAUUAGCUAAAGUGGUGCUUCAGGUUAAGAACAGGCCUCAAGAACGAAUUAAGUUCUUAACCCGAGUUACCACUGUAAACCCCUAAAAGUGUAAAGGAUACCCUUUAUAAAAAAGUAAGUUAUGUAUAAAAAGUGCAUAGCAAAUCCCCCACCUAUUUGACCUGCUGUAACUGAUGAUUCUGUGUAGUAGGUAGUCUUCACUGUGUGGAAAGAGAGAUUGGGGCUGCAAUCCUAACUAUUCUUACUCAGGUGUAAGUCCUAUUUAAUUCAAUGGGGUUUACUGCCUUUUAAGUGGGGUUAGGAUUUGCAGCCCUAACAGCUAAUGAGGAGUGAGCUCUUGGUCUGUGGUUUUUGUACAGUGGUGCCCCGCAAGACGAAUGCCUCGCAAGACGGAAAACUCGCUAGACGAAAGAGUUUUCCGUUUUGGAGGUGCCUCGCAAAACGAAUCUGCUAUGGGCUUGCUUCGCAAGACGAAAAUGUCUUGCGAGUUCCUGGGUUUUUUUUUUCCUUUUCCCCCUCUUUUUCUAAGUCGCUAAGCCGCUUAUCUGCUUAUCCGAUAAGCUGAUGAGCUGCUAAAAGCCGCUAAUAGCGCUAAUCCGCUAAUCCGUCAAUGGGCUUGCUUCGCAAGACGAAAAAACCACUAGACGAAGAGACUCCCAGAACUGAUUCUUUUCGUCUUGUGAGGCACCACUGUAUUUUGAUUCCUGUUUUUGAAAAGCUUUGUAUUGGUGUUUUUUGCAAACCAGGCACUACAUAGUCAGAUUAUGUUUUAGUAUGCUGGAAUCUUCAGUAGCCCAGGAAUCUUCAGUAGCCCAGAGCUCAGAAACUGCUUGCGCUAAUGAAAUUCACUGUCGCAAAAAGCACCUAGAACAAUGGGAGUUUUGAACAUGGCUGGAAAGGGGUUGGUUUAACCUCCAGUUUGCUAGUAAAACUGAAAAGAAACAGGUGUGUAGCUGAAUAUAAUCUAAUUACCUGUUUGGAAAGAGUUAAACAUAGUAAACAAUCACCCUGGGUUUUUUAUAGUUUGCAGAUUCUAUAUAUUGGUUCAAGGAGUUCUCAGUGGCAAGCCAAGGUAAAAGAAUCUUUUCAGAUUGGGUGUUAUGGUUUCUUAUCUCUUCAGGUUGUAUAGGGCUGCUGCUCUUUCAGCCAAUCUUGCCUGCUUUCUUUUCCUCCAAGGAUCUUAGUAAUUUCUUUUCAGGUUUAAAAGCAGACAGCCACUUUUCACACUUAGUCUUUAAAAAGAAGUGAGCAGAAUCCAUCUCUGUAAUUUGGAAGGAAAUCUCCUUGGCAUAUAUUUGAGCAGCUAGCAAGAUGAAAUUAAUGUAAUUAGCACUUCCUUUUUGCUCUGUGCCCUCUCCUUCAUUUCACCGGUGUGCUGAUGUCCUUUUUGCAAGACAUUUGCCAUACUUGAGGGUAUAAAAUGUGUUUCGGUUUUGUGUUUUAGUAAGGAUUUUAAAGAGGAUUUUUGUAGCCUUUAAACGUAAUCAUGCUUGAGCAGCCAAAGUGUUGAGGGUGGAUAUGGAUAGCCCUGCACACUCUGGGUGUGGGGUGGUCUUGAUCAAGUGUCCUCUUCCCAGGACUGAUCAGAGGCUCCAACCAGGUCAGGAUGUUGCAGAGAUGUAAACUAUAAAGUACUGUUAAAACACCCAGUCACAGAACUUCCUGUCAAAGACUAGUUAGGACUGGUGUCCUAUACAAAUGCAUGUCUCCAUCUGCUUUUCGAGGUAUUUACUUAGUGCGUUAGGGUGAUGAACUUGCAGAAAUGGCUCCCCCCAACCCCCACAUUGUAGCCAGUGUUAGAAAGUGAGAUGUAUAAGCUGGGCAUCCAAUGGAUCCUUAAAUCAAAGUUACAGUCACCAAAAUGGAAUGUCCAGUUGUGGUUUUUUGGCAAGAUGGCCCUAAAGUCUUAUUUUUCAAAUUAUAUAUUGACUGUGAUUGAUUCUCAGUUAAACUGCUCCUGCUCAGAUUGCAGGGCAGCAGUUGAAGAAGGAGCAAAAAGGGUUUUCUUGUGUGUGUGUUUCUUUGUGACUGAUUGGCUGCUCUCCCUGUGCAAAGGUCAGAGGGGGCAGGGUUUCUGUUGAGGCAGGUGAUUAGCUGUGGGAGGAGCUUAUCAGAGAUUGCAGGGCAGCGGCAGGCCUAGCGGCGCGCGCAGUUUUAUCCAUCUUUUAGAUUUAGGGGAGCUAGUCUCAAACGUUUGUUGGGGGAGACCUAGGUUUUUUGUGGGGGGAGUUAUUUUUCCUGUCUUCACGCUUUUUAUGAUGGAGGACCACUGUAGCCACCCCCAACGACACGUUCUCAAGAUGGAGGGGGAGGGAACAGCUGCAGUCGCCUGCGGUUCCUGCGCAAUGCUUGCCAUCUUGCCAAAGGUUGCAGGCAGCUUUACCUGCAGCAAUUGCAUGUUGAUUGCCCUCUUAAAAGACAAAGUCCAGCAACUGGAGGAACGUGUAGCUACGCUCCAAAGAAUUAGAGAGCUGGAGCUCUUCUUGGAAGCAACAGAGCACACCGUCUCCACCAAGGAGGAGACAGGGGACUCCCUGAGAAGGACGCUAGUUCACCAACACAGGAGCCAGAUAUAUGGAGAAACGUGACUCAAAGAAGUAGGAGGCCCAGGGUUCGCUCUGAUUGUUUAGAAAUACACAAUCGCUUUGAGGUCCUCUCCCCUAGCAUGGAAGACGAAGAGCAGACUCCAUUUGAGGAUCUCUCCCUCAUUACAGUCGAUCAGGUAUAUGAAGACGAGCAGCAAAGUCAGUCCUCAGGGAAUGUGCAGGCGACCUUGGAGCGGACAGCUCACAGAAGAACCCCGGCCAAACCUAAGAGGAGGCGUGUAGUGGUGAUAGGGGAUUCCCUACUGAGGGGAACAGAAGCAGUGAUCUGUGGGCCUGACAAGAUGUCUCGGGAAGUGUGCUGUCUCCCCGGGGCUAAGAUCCAAGAUGUAACUGAACGACUGCAAGGAAUCAUAAAACCCACUGACAAAUACUCCUUCCUCUUGGUUCACGUGGGAACCAAUGACACUGCAAGCAAUAGCCUCCAGAAGAUCAAAAGAGACUACGAGGCUCUGGGCAGGAAAUUGAAGCAAUUAAAUGCACAAAUUGUGAUCUCAUCUGUCCUCCCAGUUGAACGACGUGGCCCAGGGAGAGAGGGGAAAAUAGUGGAAGUGAACAGCUGGCUUCGCAAAUGGUGUAAACAGGAACGGUUUGGAUUCUUAGAUCACGGACUGCAGUUUCUUGAAGAUGGACUUCUGGCAAGCGAUGGGCUGCACCUCACAACGGUUGGGAGAAAUGUUUUUGCCAAAAAUCUCAGAAACCUCAUCAGGAGGGCUUUAAACUGACUAAUGUGGGGAGGGAGAUAGUGCUCCUGAAGGUAGGAGUCUAUCAAUUGAUGAAGAUGAUCAUCCAAAUGUCAUAGACCAAAUGGAGCAAACAGCACACAGACCUAGUGGUGGGAGGAAAAAUCCUUAAAUAAGAGUCACGGGGAAUGAUUAAUGGACUUCAAUGUCUGUACACUAAUGCGCAAAGCAUGGGAAAUAAACAAGAUGAGCUUGAGCUCUUGGUACAGCAAACUAAAUAUGACAUAAUAGGCAUCACUGAAACCUGGUGGGAUAAGUCCCACGAUUGGAAUGUAAUAAUGGGGGAUACAAUCUAUUUCAGAGAAACAGACCAGACAAGAAAGGAGGAGGAGUGGCGUUAUAUGUCAGGGAUGUGUAUACCUGUGAAGAGAUCCAAGAUUUAGAACCUCAAAGCCAAAGUGAGAGCAUUUGGGUCAAAAUUAAGGGAGAGAAGAAUAACAGUGACCUCAUUGUGGGAGUUUACUAUAGAUCCCCAAGCCAAACGGAGGACAUAGAUGAUGCCUUCCUGGAACAGAUGGCCAAGCAUGCAAAAGGAAGGGAGAUAGUAGUAUGGGGGACUUCAAUUACCCGGAUAUUUGUUGGAUGUCAAACUCAGCCAAGAGCAUAAGGUCAAACAGAUUCCUCACUGGCCUUGCAGACAACUUCAUUGUCCAGAAAGUGGGAGAAGCAACAAGAGGAACAGCCAUUUUAGAUCUGGUCCUAACCAAUGUUGAUGACCUGGUUAGUGGGGUAGAAGUGGAAGGAUCAUUAGGCGCAAGUGAUCAUGCUCUUCUGAAGUUUACUAUACAGCGGAAAGGAGCAGCCAAGCAUACUAGGACUCAAUUUCUUGACUUUAAGAAAGCUGACUUCAUAAAACUUAGGGAAGUGCUGGGUGAGAUCCCAUGGACAGUAAUACUAAAAGGAAAGGGAGUUCAUGAUGGCUGGGAGUUUGUUAAGAGGGAGAUACUAAAAGCACAACGUCAGGCAAUACCAAUGAGACGGAAACAUGGAAGGUGCCUAAAGAAGCCAGGGUGGCUAUCUAAAGAACUUUUAACUGAGUUAAGAUUAAAAAAGGAUGUGUACAAAAAUGGAAAAGGGGGAAACCACCAAAGAGGAAUUCAAACAAAUAGCCAGCACGUGUAGACACAAAGUCAGAAAAGCUAAAGCACAGAAUGAACUCAGGCUUGCUAGAGAGGUUAAAAGCAACAAAAAGGCUUUUAUGGGUAUGUCCGUAGCAAAAGGAAGAACAAAGAAACAGUGGGGUCACUCAGAGGAGAAGAUGGUGAAAUGCAAACAGGGGACACAGAAAGAGCUGAACUCCUCAAUGCCUUCUUUGCCUCAGUCUUCUCCGAUAAAGAAAACAAUGCCCGACCUGAAGAAUUUGGAGCAAAUGAUUCAGCAAAGGAAACACAGCCCAGAAUAACUAAGGAGAUAGUACAAGAAUACUUGGCUAGUUUAGAUGUAUUCAAGUCUCCAGGGCCAGAUGAACUGCAUCCAAGAGUAUUAAAAGAACUGGCAGAUGUGAUCUCAGAACCACUGGCAGUCAUCUUUGAGAAUUCCUGGAGAACAGGCGAAGUCCCGGCAGACUGGAGGAGGGCAAAUGUUGUCCCUAUUUUCAAAAAGGGGAAAAGAGAGGACCCAAAUAAUUACCGCCCAGUCAGUCUGACAUCAAUACCAGGGAAGAUUCUGGAGCAGAUCAUUAAGCAAACAGUCUGUGAGCACCUAGAAAGGAAUGCUGUGAUCACCAAUAGUCAGCAUGGAUUUCUGAAAAAUAAGUCAUGUCAGACUAACCUGAUCUCGUUUUUUGACAGAAUUACAAGCCUGGUGGAUGAAGGGAACGCAGUGGAUGUAGCCUACCUUGAUUUCAGCAAGGCAUUUGACAAGGUGCCUCAUGAUAUUCUUGUAAAGAAGCUGGUAAAAUGUGGUCUUGACUAUGCUACCACUCAGUGGAUUUGUAACUGGCUGACUGACCGAACCCAAAGGGUGCUCAUCAAUGGUUCCUCUUCAUCCUGGAGAAGAGUGACUAGUGGGGUGCCACAGGGUUCUGUCUUGGGCCCGGUCUUAUUCAACAUCUUUAUCAACGACUUGGAUGAUGGACUCAAGGGCAUCCUGAUCAAAUUUGCAGAUGACACCAAAUUGGGAGGGGUGGCUAACACCCCAGAGGACAGGAUCACACUUCAAAACGACCUUGACAGAUUAGAGAACUGGGCCAAAACAAACAAGAUGAAUUUUAACAGGGAGAAAUGUAAAGUAUUGCACUUGGGCAAAAAAAUGAGAGGCACAAAUACAAGAUGGGGACACCUGGCUUGAGAGCAGUACAUGUGAAAAGGAUCUAGGAGUCUUGGUUGACCACAAACUUCACAUGAGCCAACAGUGUGACGCGGCAGCUAAAAAGCCAAUGCAAUUCUGGGCUGCAUCAAUAGGAGUAUAGCAUCUAGAUCAAGGGAAGUAAUAGUGCCACUGUAUUCUGCUCUGGUCAGACCUCACCUGGAGUACUGUGUCCAGUUCUGGGCACCACACUUCAAGAAGGACAUUGACAAACUGGAACGUGUCCAGAGGAGGGCAACCAAAAUGGUCAAAGGCCUGGAAACGAUGCCUUAUGAGGAACGGCUAAGAGAGCUGGGCAUGUUUAGCCUGGAGAAGAGGAGGUUAAGGGGUGAUAUGAUAGCCAUGUUCAAAUAUAUAAAAGGAUGUCACAUAGAGGAGGGAGAAAGGUUGUUUUCUGCUGCUCCAGAGAAGCGGACACGGAGCAAUGGAUCCAAACUACAAGAAAGAAGAUUCCACCUAAACAUUAGGAAGAACUUCCUGACAGUAAGAGCUGUUCGACAGUGGAAUUUGCUGCCAAGGAGUGUGGUGGAGUCUCCUUCUUUGGAGGUCUUUAAGCAGAGGCUUGACAACCAUAUGUCAGGAGUGCUCUGAUGGUGUUUCCUGCUUGGCAGGGGGUUGGACUCGAUGGCCCUUGUGGUCUCUUCCAACUCUAUGAUUCUAUGAUUCUAUGAUUCUAUGCUCAGACUGCACAGAAAAAGCAUUUUGGUUCUUGAUUGUGCAGGUAAAAUAUAACUGAUAGAAUUCUACAGGUUGUGGUAUUAGUGUAUGAAAACAAGUGCUAGAAUCCAAUCAGAGGCAUCCUUUACCUCAACAUGGCUGCCUACUGACUCCAUAUCCAUUAUGGAAUACUCCUCCUUUCAUGCCCUCUCACUGAUUCCAGUACAAUGAUGAAAUUUCAUUUUGCUGAUUUAUUACAAGCAGCCCUAAAAAGGAAUCUCUUCACAUAUGUGCACACAUUGCUAAAGAGUUGAAAAGGGUUUAGAAGAGCCCUCCCAUUAGGAACAGCUGAAGUGCAUCAUCCCUGUGCACAAGUCAAGACUUGAAGCUGUGCGCCAUGGAGACACCGAAAAUCAAGGGCUCUUCCCAAGCUUCUCUUGCUGCUCAACUAGGUGGUGGUGGGGCAUAUUAAGGGGCCCUUUGGCCUACCAUCUGGAGACGCAUUGCUGGCUUAGCCCCUUUUAAAAAACAAUGGCUUGCCAGGCAGCGGUAGGCUGAGCAGCUGUAAAAUUUGCUGUGCUUGUUUUGUAGGUGAGAAAAUUCCCCUUUUAUUGGUUUCAGCAGUGGUUUUCAGCCAGUGUGCUAUGGUGCCCUGAAGGUCAAGGGUGCCGUGGGCAGCACUGGCCACUGUUCCUCUUUCUUUCUUUCUUUCUUUCUUUCUUUCUUUCUUUCUUUCUUUCUUUCUUUCUUUUCCUCUCUCUUAUGCCCUCUUGCAUCUCUGCCUCCCAAAGGCUUGCACAGCUGUUUAUUGCAGCAGCCCUGGCUCUAAGCUCCGCAGGUCAAUGGUGCCUCUGAGACGCAUCUCUCUUUGGGGCAAGGGGGGGGGCGGCUCAGAGACCAGGGGCAACAGCAGCAGCUGCCCAGAGGGCUCUCAAGGAAAGGGGAGAGGAGGCUGAGGGAACACCCCCACAAGGGAGGGUGUUCAAAAAAGGGUGUGAGGCUGCCAGCUCUGCAGGCAAGGGGUGACAUAACUGGGCUCCUGAACCCCACAGGGGUGCCACAGAAAGAAUGUAGUUGGUUAAGGGAGCUGUGGACUCAAAAAAGUUGAAAACCUCUGGCUUACAGGACAAGCGGCCUCCUCUCUAAAUUCUCUGUGUCCUUAUUGGCGCUUUGGUGGCCUAUGAUGUUGAGCUGAACCUUGUGCUGAGGGUAGAUAAGGAAUGACAGGGGGGAAAGUGGGGCCUUAGAUGGCCUGUCACAGCACAGUCUGGCUUGGGAAAGUGUUUCUGGCACUUGCGGCUAUUUCGAGGAAUCCGUGUUUUGUGAUGUGCAGCUCUUGAAGCUCAAGGCUGGCGACUGACCGCGUCAUGAGGAGUGGUUUGAAAGGGAAUGGAGGUGGAGGGAGAGGGGCAAUAACGAGAGCCAGAAGGAAAUAAGACUUAUGUGGAGGAGUGGGAAAACUAACUUUAAACUAAAUCUUUCGUAAUAAACUCUUUUUGGAAGUCUUUAUAAAAUAUUAUUUUAUAAUGCCUUUUUGAUCAGGCAUUACGGUGAUGAAUUCAAGAUUCUAUGCACUUGACUGCUGUGCAUAAGAAUUGUCUUCAGGCAACAGAAGUGGGCAGCUUAAUAAAUUGCUACAUGGGCCAACGGCUGCAUUGCAAGUCUGUCCUUCUUCAUAUAGCAUUAGCCAGAAUGGAGCAGCUAGGUCUGCUCUUCCACCUGCAAGUCUGGUUGUUGGUGGGUUUUAAACAAACCCAUGUGUCCAAGUGUUUUGUUCAUGUGCACCUGACAUUUGGCAGUUUCAUCACUCCUAGCUCUUACUUCUGUGAACAUCUAGUCCAUGGGUAGGCAAACUAAGGCCCGGGGGCUGGAUCUGGCCCGAUCACCUUCUAAAUCCGGCCUGCGGAUGAUCCGGGAAUCAGCCUGUUUUUACAUCAGUAGAAUGUGUCCUUUUAUUUAAAAUGCAUCUCUGGGUUAUUUGUGGGGCAUAGGAAUUCGUUCUUUUCUUUUCAAAAUCUAGUCUGGUCUGAGGGACGGUGGACCAGCCCUCUGCUGAAAAAGUUUGCUGACCCCUGUCCAUGUUUUGCAUUAGGUGAAUGGGCCUGACGGCAUCCUGCAAAAUGGAGCAGUGGAUGAUAAUGUGCCUAAGACCAGCCAGCUCCUUGCUGAACUCAAUUUUGAGGAAGACGAGGAAGACACUUACUACACCAAGGACCUUCCACUGCAUGCUUGCAGGUAAGACUGUGUGUAUGUGUGUGGACAUAAUCUAAAAUUCAAAGCAGAGUCUAGGAGCCACAUGUGGGCAAAUAAUGGCUCUAUUGGUUGGAGGAGGUCCUCUCACUUGCCUUUUUCGCCUCUAUUUAAACCUUCAUGUGAAUUAACCACACACUUUGUACAAAUAAUCCUCUUGUGUCCAUGCAGCAAUAUAAGUUAGGAGUCCUGGGCAUUCCAGGAUGUCUUUCAGAUGACAAGGUGGUGAUAGUGGCAUUUCUGAGAUUUCUGAAGACUUUUCUAGCUAAACUGCUGUGUUCUAUUCAUGCAAAACAGUGCACCCUCUUUAUUUAUCCCAAUUAAACCCUAUUUUCCUGCGUUCUUGGUACUUUUACCAGAGAGCACAGGUGGGCAGCUGUUGGCCUCUGCCACAGGUUUCUUGAACCCUGUUCAGAUGCUGCAGCAUUUCUCUUUCAACGCUGGUUUAUUCAACACUCUGACAAUGUGCAUGUCCUGUGACAACUUAGCAGAUUGCACUGUGGUGUCAUAAAGCAGAACUGGGACUUGUAUUGCUUAAUGCCAGCUCUCAGCAGCAUGGAAAGAAGGUCUAUCUGAAGGUAGCCCUGUUUAGGGAAGUUUUUUAAUGUCUGAUGUUUUAUCACUUUUUUAUUAUUAAUUCUCAAUUAAUUCUCAUUAAUUAUGUUGGGAGCCUCUCAGAGUGGCUGGGGAAACACAGCCAUAUGGGCGGGGUAUAAAUAAUAAUAAUAAUAAUAGGUGAAGCAAGGGUGCAACCCAACCAAAUUUGGAGGUUUUGAUCUGGGUCAACUUAAACUAGAGAGAACCAAAGGGAAAGCACCCUGGCUUGCCAUGCCUUUGAAGCAAAACCUAACAAUGUGUCCUCUUCCUUAGCUACUGUGGCAUCCAUGACCCAGCUUGCGUCGUCUACUGCAACACCAGCAAGAAGUGGUUCUGCAAUGGGCGUGGGAAUACGUCUGGCAGGUGAGCGAUGCAGCCACAGAAGUGGUGAUGGCAUGAAGCAUUGGGGUUGUAUCGAGCUACGUUCUGCUCACUGUAGAGCUGUUGAAAUUAGUGGGCCGAAGUUUGUCGUGCCCAUUGCAUUCUGGGUCUGUUCUUGAGUGGGAUGAACGCUGGAUACGAACCUUAGGCGGUUGCCUCACACCGUGAGCCAGGUCACUAGUUCACAUCGCCCAGUACUACAUAAGGUGGCUGGGAUUGGAUGUGAGAUCUUUUCUCACGCUGUGUGUGUAUGUGUCUCAUGCAUGUACUGUUACACGUCACCAUUCAUUUCCUUGCUGCCUUUUAAGCAGAAAAGCCAUCAAGGCUGCUCACACAGUUUAAUCCAGAUAAAGCAGCCAUAGACAAACUCCGACCCUCCAGAUGUUUGGAACUACAAUUCCCAUCAUCCCUAGCUAACAGGACCAGUGGUCAGGGAUGAUGGGAAUUGUACUCCCAAACAUCUGGAGGGCCAGAGUUUGCCUAUGCCUGAGAUAAAGAAUUACAACAAUAUAAUAAAAUACACUGCUUGACAACAUUUUUUUAAAAAGAGCAGUAUGUCCACAUCAUAUUUUAAAACCUGGAAUUCGGACUGAAAAACCAGUGUGCCCCCCAUGUCAUCCAUAUACAGUGGUACCUCGGGUUACAUACGCUUCAGGUUACAUACGCUUCAGGUUACAGACUCUGCUAACCCAGAAAUAGUACCUCAGGUUAAGAACUAUGCUUCAGGAUGAGAAGAGAAAUUGUGCUUUGGCAGCACGGCGGUGGCAGGAGGCCCCAUUAGCUAAAGUGGUGCUUCAGGUUAAGAACAGUUUCAGGUUAAGAACGGACCUCCAGAACGAAUUAAUUACUUAACCCGAGGUACCACUGUACACACAAACACACACACACACACACACACACACACACACACCAGGACUUCUGAUAAGGUUUCCCAGGCAUGAGGUGGCACAGAGUAGGUAUAAAAGCUCUCCCUUGAUAAUCAGAGGUAUCCUUCCAUGCUCCUGCUUGCAUUUUUACAUCAGUAGGAAAACCAAUUUGCCAUUCAACCCAGCCUGCCUUUCUUGUGUGUCUUGCCAGCCAUAUUGUGAAUCACCUUGUGAGAGCCAAAUGUAAGGAAGUGACACUGCACAAGGAUGGCCCUCUGGGUGAGACGGUCCUGGAGUGCUACAACUGUGGCUGCCGCAACGUGUUCCUCCUGGGUUUCAUCCCUGCUAAGGCAGACUCUGUGGUCGUCUUGCUGUGCAGGUGAGACAUUUCCUCUCUUUAUUUUGGAAGCAAAUUGCUGGUCGGUCUCGAGUCUUAAUGGGCGAUUGAUUUUGAAAGCAUUUUAAAAAAAUAUUGUUGAUUCUCUUUUUAUCCCCUAUGUGUGCCUGUCUAAUAAAACUCUUCUCCCCUAUCUUGACUAUACAGGCAGCCUUGUGCCAGUCAGAGCAGCUUGAAGGACAUCAACUGGGACAGUUCUCAGUGGCAGCCUCUGAUUCAAGACCGCUGCUUCCUUUCCUGGCUGGUCAAAAUCCCUUCCGAGCAGGAGCAGUUGAGGGCGCGUCAGAUCACUGCCCAGCAAAUCAACAAGCUGGAAGAGCUCUGGAAGGUGCGUGGAAGUGUCUGCAGCAGAGAGCAGAGGGACGACCGAGAGAGCCCAGGAGGGGAUAAGCAGAUCUGUAUCGGGGUGUGCUGUUGGGUGUGGAAUUCAGCUUCCUGACAACUCCAGGUCCCUUCGUCAUUUUCUGAGGCCUUGGCCAUACAGCUUGGAAAAUGUACGAAGCCUUGGCUUUAUGGCUUGAAGCUGAAGCUGAAAUCUGUGAGAAAUCUAGAGAGGGGACUGAAUAAGAUUGAGAGUUGUGGGUUCAGUCUAGCACAAUAUUAGAAGUUGGACAAAUCUGCAUAACUGAGCACAGCUUGCAGUUUUUGCCAUAGCACAGAUCUUAAGAUUGUUUGGGUGCAGACUUCUUAAAAUGUUUUGGGCAUGUUUGUGCAGUUGCCAACAGAGAGAGCCUGUCUCUUCAUGAAACACCUUCUUUUUGUUACAACAAGACACAAUUGGUAGUCAAAAUAGACAAACUUUGCAAAUUCACCAAAGCCACCAGUCAGCCUACCCCAGCAUAGCUGUGUUUAUAAUAGAAUCAUAGAGUUGGAAGGGCCCCUGUGGGUCAUCUAGUCUAACCCCCCCUGCAAUGCAGGAAUAUGCAGCUGUCCCCUAUGGGGAUUGAGCCUGCAACCCUGGCAUUAUCAGCACCCUGCUCUAACCAACUGAGCUAUCCAGUUGCAUCCUGGAAUGGUUGGAUUUGGAAAUACCUUCCAUUAGUUUUCCGUCUUGAUUUAGGAAGACCUGUUCUGAAACCAGCUGAUGGGAGGGUUGUAGUUGGUCUGUUCUAUUUAACCACCUCUUCUUUGUGACUGCAGGAGAACCCCUCUGCCACCCUUGAAGACUUGGAGAAGCCUGGCGUCGACGAAGAGCCACAGCACGUCCUCCUCCGAUACGAGGAUGCUUAUCAGUACCAAAACAUAUUUGGGCCUCUGGUCAAGCUUGAGGCCGACUACGACAAGAAGCUGAAGGAGUCCCAGGUAAGAUUCAGGCCAAGGAGGAUGCAGCCACUUUGAAAUGGCAUGGGCCAGUGGGCACAACAGUUGCUCUGGAGUAGGGUAAGGGCUGGAUCUGAAGAAGGCUCAGUUGCUUCUCCCCGGAAGAGGAACAGUUUUGACAAAUUGUAGAGUCAUCAGCCCACCCUCUUUCCUUAAAGGUAGCUCCUCUUAGGGAUCCAGCAACUGCUAAAUCAGCAUUAGCUUUGAAGUGUUGCCAGGGGUGGUUUAGCAGCCCUUCCUGUGAUUGUUCAAGCCAGCUGUGCAGUGCUAGGGAGGGCAGGCAGGAAGCAGAGGGCCAGGUCUGCUCUUGAGUACCUUUUUUGUCUGUGUUUGUAAAGUUAGAAUAUCUCUCUUUAUGUUUAGACACAGGACAACAUCACUGUGAGAUGGGAUCUGGGCUUGAACAAGAAAAGGAUUGCCUACUUCACCUUGCCAAAGACGGAUUCAGGUAAGAACAGGAAAUCAUUAAAGGAAGUCUGGCUCAAGGAUCUCUCGAUUGGCAGACUCUGAACACCAUUAACAUUCACAAACAGUGAAUUGGUGUUUGCUUUGGAAGAACUGAAAGCUUCUAACUCCUCUUUUCAGAUAUGCGCCUGAUGCAGGGGGAUGAGAUCUGCCUGAGGUACAAAGGGGAUUUGGCCCCGCUGUGGAAAGGAAUCGGCCACGUGAUUAAAGUUCCUGAUAGUAUCCUUUUAAUUUCAUGAGGCUGUAAGGCGGACUCCAACAUCUCAAUUGCACAGUUGAGAUUAUGUCAAGUGGAGCCCUUAGAACAUGUUGAAUGCCUGGCAUUUGAAGCAGAAUUGUGGGAGAGAAUGGACAACUCUUCCUGUGCUCCCUUAGAACUGUGUCUAUCUGGUGGCACAAAAGAAGCAAAAGGUUUCAGUUUAUGGUUUGUGUAAAAAACACACACAGACAUACACACACUAUCCAUAUACUUGUGCCUCCAUUCUUCCUCUGAGGAGGAGGUCAAAGCCCCUUCCCAUGCCAUUCCCAGGCUGAUUCCACAUCCAGGCAACUAACAGGGAUAUCCAGCUUAGCUUGGGCAGUUGAAAUGGUGGUGUGCCUUCAGCUGACACCUUCUCUGUAGACUAGCAGCACUAGAACAGUCCCCAGAGGUAGUGGUGGGCAGGAGGUGGGGUGGGACUCUGAAAAGAAGCUUGCAACUGUUCCACGAAACUGCUACUUAACGAGGUUUUGAAGAUUACGGUGACGAAAUUGCGAUCGAGCUGAGGAGCAGUGUCGGAGCCCCUGUGGAAGUGACCCACAACUUCCAAGUGGACUUUGUGUGGAAGUCGACUUCCUUUGACAGGUGGGUGAAGGCAGCGUCUCUCUCUGUCUUGAGAAGCUGGUUGCAUAAAUGUUUGAGGGAUGACCUGGUUUGUGCUUGUGCGUCCACCUCUUCUUCAGGAUGCAGAGUGCCCUCAAGACUUUUGCUGUGGAUGAAACCUCCGUCUCUGGCUACAUCUAUCACAAGCUCCUGGGUCACGAGGUGGAGGAUGUCAUUAUCAAAUGUCAGCUGCCGAAGCGCUUCACAGCACAAGGACUUCCUGACCUCAACCAUUCUCAGGUAACCUUAUCCCGCCCAACAGCAAAGGCAGGAGUUGGGUCCAAGAGCUUCCAGUGUCAGUUUCGCAAACAGUGCUCCCCCGUGUGGAGUUAAUGCAAUUUCUUUUCCCAGGUGUAUGCUGUGAAGACUGUCCUGCAGCGUCCCUUGAGUCUCAUCCAGGGCCCUCCCGGAACAGGCAAGACUGUCACCUCGGCCACCAUUGUGUACCAUCUGGCUAGGCAAGGAAAUGGGUAAGAGCAGAAGCAGAGAUUGCUCUUGAAUCUUCUUGGUCAAAAGAGUGCAGCACUUCAAGGGCUGUUGAGAUAAUUUUAGCACCCAUCUGGAAGUUACAGCCUGGUAUAGGCGAAACACCCCAUGCGAUUGAUAAAUAGAUUGAUUGCUUUUCUAUCUCACCUUUUUCUGCAAGGAGUUCAAGGUUCUCCCCUCAUCUCAUUUAUUCCCCACAACAACCCUGUGAGGUAGGUUAGGCUGAGACAGUAAGUGACUCAAUGAGCUCCAUGGCCAAGUGGGGAUUCAAACCCUGGUCUCCCAGCUCCUAGGCUGGCACUCCACCACACUGGCUCUCAGACUUUCAGUUUCUUCUCAUGCAUAAAUUCCCCUCUGAUUACAUUGACUGCAUUUAUGGCUUAUGCCUCUGCUACCCUUAACCCAAGAGAGGAUUGGCCAGUGUUGACAAUCAACUUCAGCCUCUGAUUAGGUCUUAAUGGAGUGCCUAAUCCACUUCAGCGUCUUCUGAGCGUGAAAUCCAUGGUUCCAGAGCUGAUGCCAGUGUUAACCCUUAGCCCUCGCCUACAGUGAUAAAGAAGGAAGAACUCUUUGUAGGGGUUUGUUUUAUUUGGCUUCAUCUUUUGCUGUUUGUCUCAUUUGUUUCAAAGGCCCGUGCUGGUUUGUGCCCCAAGCAACAUAGCCGUGGACCAGCUGACGGAGAAGAUCCACCAGACGGGGCUGAAGGUGGUGCGCCUGUGUGCAAAGAGUCGUGAGGCCAUUGACUCCCCCGUCUCCUUCCUCGCCCUGCACAACCAGAUCAGGAACAUGGAUAGGUAAGGCACUUCCUCAUCCCAUUGCUGCUGAGCCAGAAGCCAGCCUUCCCUUGCAGUGGCAAUGCUGUCACUGUCCCUUGCUCAUUCCCUCCCUGCAUUCAUCCCAAACUUAAAGCCUGCCUUCCUUUUUCUGGGGAAUGCAGAGAUGGGUGGGUUUUUUUAUUAAAAAAAAUAAUCUAGCGGCUUCACUUAAUGGCACUGCCAAUACUGCCUUUAUUUUUCAUCAGCCACUAUGUGGAUUUAUUUUUAAAAAUAUUUAUUUGAUGUCCAUUCAUAGCCACUUUGGAAGUGCGUUGUCACCAAAUUCAGUAGUGGAGUAUAGGAUCCUUAAGCAGGGAUCUUGUAACCAGAACAUUAUAUAGCACCCCAGAGAUGUCUGUUUGAUCCUCAGCAUGCCUGAGCUCCAGAAGCUGCAGCAGCUGAAAGACGAGACUGGGGAACUGUCCUCUGCAGAUGAGAAGCGCUACCGGGCCCUGAAGCGGACGGCGGAGCGGGAGUUGCUCAUGGUGACUUUUUCCUACCUCUUAUACGGGGGCUAUUGCUUACUGUUGGUCAGACCAGGUGUGCUACUUGUGUUCUGUGAUCCAGGAGGCUGACUUGUCUCCUUUUUCAACAUUGGUUCUGUAACAGCAAAGGAAUGACCCUACCUUAAACAAUGAAUAAUCCCAGAGGCUGCAACAGAAAUUUCACACACACACACACACAAAACCCCUCACAUAAUGCUGAAGACUGGCUGUAGGCAGGACUGGGGAAGGAUCAUAGCUAAGCUGUGCAAUAAGUCCAACUCGAUUCUGGCUUCUCCGGGUACAGCUGUUUGAAACUGUGGAGAGCUGCUUCCAGUCCUUAUAAACAGCACUGAGCCAAAUGGACAAGUGGUUUGGCUUGGUACAAGGCAGCUUCUUGUGUUCCUAAUUAAAAUCACCCCCUUUAAACAGAACUUUGAGAACUGGGAUGUUUUAUUUUUAAGGAAAGGGCCAUAGCACUGCGCAGAGCACCUGGUUUCCAUGCAGAGCAGUGGUCUUAAUGUAGAAGUUGCUUCCUAUGUUCCUUUUGUAGAUAGUUUUGUAGCUCCUGAAUUUUUGCUGCUUCAUCCCUCAGAAUGCAGACGUCAUCUGCUGCACCUGCGUGGGAGCCGGGGACCCAAGACUGGCGAAGAUGCAGUUCCGCUCCAUCUUGAUUGACGAGAGCACCCAGGCCACAGAGCCAGAGUGCAUGGUGCCAGUUGUCCUCGGGGCAAAGCAAGUAGGUUCAAGCAGCUCAAAAGUGGGGCUGCCGAGUGGGGUGGAGGCAACACUCUCUUCCGGUGUUUGCCACCAUCUUUAUAUAUCAAGCAACUUGAGUCUGUGUGAGCUUUUAAAGCCCUCCUGUAUUGUCUUAAAUGCUUGCAUUUCAAGCCUUUGGGAAGAAGACUUAAAGCAUUCACAGCCCGUGAGGUCUUGUGUCCACUAUGAAUAGGAGCAGGAAAUGCAAGCUAUGGAAGGGAAAUCCCAAGAGUUCUGGAGGCUUGUAGAGAACAGAGGUGGAACUGCUGAGGAGGAUUGCUGAUGGAAAGGCUUGAGUGGGUGGGGUAUUUCUGCAGAUAAUUCUUCAACUUCAGCCCCUUAAUUGCUUGACCUCAGAAAGCUAGAAGUUUCCCUCAAGCAGACUUUAGAUCCCCAAACUGCCCUUCCCUUUUGUAGGCCAUCACCUCCAGCCUUCUAGAGAUGGAGCAGGGGCUUGGCCUGGCUGUUUGUGUGUGCACGCUCAUGUGUGCGGUUCCUCCUGUUGACCUUGGGCUUCAUUUCCCCAGCUGAUCCUGGUGGGCGACCACUGCCAGCUUGGCCCUGUUGUGAUGUGCAAGAAGGCGGCGAAAGCAGGCCUGUCCCAGUCGCUCUUUGAGCGGCUGGUGGUUCUGGGCAUCAGGCCCAUCCGCCUGCAGGUGCAGUACCGUAUGCACCCAGCCCUGAGCGCUUUCCCAUCCAACAUCUUUUAUGAGGGGUCUCUUCAGAAUGGUGUCACCGCAGGUAAGAAGGGGCAGGGGGAGGGUGUGAGUGAUGGAGGGGGCCAGCAGGAGUGCCAGGCAGUGUCCCGUUCAGGACCUCUAAGUGGGCCUUGUAGCUUCAAAUCAGUGGUGUACAGUCAGUGUAAUAGGGGGACUAGGCUAGUCUCCUAAAUGUUCCCUGUAAACUAUCAGACUAUUAAACCUGGCGCCUCUUUCCCAAAGCCUGGGAAACUUCUGCCCGGCUUUUGGAGGGAGGCACAGUGCUCUUGUCAGGCUCCAGGAGCCCUCCUGCCACCUUCCCAAAGCCCACCCAGCUCUGGGAAGGACGCGGGAGGGCUCCAGCAUUCCGUCAGAAGCUUCUGCUUGACUUAGGGCAGGAGACAAGGUCUUAAUGCACGGCAGCGUUGCCCCCCCCCCCAUAUCGCCCUCACAGGCUGGCACCUUUGGCUCUAACUGUUCCCCUAUGAAAAAUUUCACUGAACACCACCGCUUCAUAUCAAUCCUUGCCGUAGUCUUUGUGUUGGUAGGUCUAUGGAUUUUGAUAAGUGGUUCUUGUUGCUGUUCCAGCCUGCUCUUCAGGAUGGAAGGACUCCAUUUUAAGGCUAGGAUCUAGCUCUGUGCUUCCCCAAGGGGGCAGUAUGUACUGCCUUUCCGCGGUGGGAUUAGCAGGGGAGGCACUAAGAGGCAGGGAGCACUGAAGAUGUAGGUGGCUAUUCGACUUUGAAAAGCUAGUCUCACUGGUUCAAGUUCAUCAGGGUUUUUGUUUUUUAAUUAAUUAAAAUACUUUUGAAUCAAUAUGCAAUUAACUGUUGCUGUUUGGUAUGUUACAGUGUUACAGUCUUCCUUAGUGUGUUGUGCAAAGUGCUACAAUGCUUUUUAUAGGGUAGGGGGCAUUGGGAUGAGUUUAUGGGACCAAGGGGGCAGUGACAUAAAUGGUUUGGGAACCACUGAUCUACCCAAAGGAAGACCCAGGCCUCCACAGGAGAAACAUACGCUAACAUACGCAACUUCCCUGUCGCUCUGCAGCGGACCGUGUGAAGAAGGGAUUUGACUUCCAGUGGCCCCAGCCAGACAAGCCCAUGUUUUUCUAUGUGACCCAAGGGCAAGAAGAGAUUGCAAGUUCUGGGACUUCUUACCUGAACAGGUAAGUCAUGUGGGGAAGAGGAGAAGGGGGUCCAGCCAAGUCUCUGGGACAGAAUGUGUGGAUGCCUUGCUUGGACAAACAUCACGUCUCUCUCUCUCUCGACUAUUCAUUAAUUUAUACACCCGCAAUAAAUGAAGCCGUUAAAAGGCAUGACUGUUAAAACAGUUCUAAAAAGAUAGGAUUGGUAGUUCAAGGUCAUCCCAGAGUGAAGGAGGUGAGGCUGGAGAAGUGAUGGGGGCCAAGCAUUUUAGUUCUGCAGUCCAAAGGGUGGGAAGCGGACAGGAAGGACAUGGUCUAGCAGUGGCAUCUCUCACCCAUAUACAGUCGCCGCCACCCCCCCCCCAAAAAAAAAGAUUAGUAUUGUCAAAUGGAGACUAUUCCAGGUAGCUUGAUCUUUCUCUGGUGAGCUGAAGGUGGCCUGGAACCUUGAAAGGGAGCCAGUCAAUUCCAUUUGUGCCUGAAGACUCUACUCAGUAGGAUUGGAAUAGGACGUUUGGGGGUUGUGGCUGAUACCCUGCACACGCCCAGGCCCAUUAUUCCAACCUGAAUAAUGCCCAGAAAUGUGCCACAUGUAGCUUCUGUUGUGCCCUUUCCUUUGUCUGAUGCACUUUUCUUUUCCUCCCUUGCUACUUUUUUUAAAACAAAUACUUAAACGUUUUGCAUCUUUGUAGCAGAGUGAAUUUGGGCAUUAUACAUAGAUUUAUGGUGUUGAACAAGCUCUGAGGCAUUCUGGUUACCUUGGAGACUGUUUCUUGGGCACUGCUCAAGGGGAGGGACUGACUCCUCGCUUCCCCCUGCAGGACGGAGGCCGCCAACGUGGAGAAGAUCACCACCAAGCUGCUGAAGGCUGGUGCGAAGCCAGAUCAGAUUGGCAUCAUCACCCCCUACGAGGGCCAGCGCUCCUACCUGGUGCAGUAUAUGCAGUUCAGCGGCUCUCUGCACACCAAACUCUACCAGGUACGGCUCUCCCUGUGUUGUCUCUGGGCUUCGUGCAACCUUCCCAAGUCAGCAUUAAGCCCAUCCUCUCUACCUGCUCCCUGGUUCAGAGCAACCCAACUUGUAUUUGCAAAUGUUUCACUUGGAGGCAGGGUGCAUAGAAACCUGACCCCCCUAUACCAUACACACAGUACCAAACAGGACUUUCUGCAAAUGUAUAGCCUCACCUGCUGAAGAGAGUUAUAUGGAGAGUGGGCUGCUCCUUCUCAUACUUGUGUUGGAGAGCUCUGUGGUCCUUCUUCGCCACCUCCAGUUUAAGGAAGGGAAAGGCAGCUGAAUUAAUCAAACUGGGUAGCCAAGAAAUUGCUAACUUGCAUAGCAGUAAAGUUAUGGACAGCUAGGUAUAUUAGCCUCCCUCCCCAAAUACGGAGUGGGAGCGAGGCAGGAGAUUAUCCCCAGGACUGGAAAGUAGUUUGAAAUUGAUUUUCAGGAGGUGGAACCACGUGGACAUCAUAUAAUGCUUCCUGGCUAACCAUCACUCUCUCUGAAGGAAACUCUUUAGAGAUGUGAGUCAUUUAGAACGUGCUUUAACAGAGUCCUUUUCUUUCCCUGUCCCCUUUCCAGGAAGUGGAAAUAGCCAGCGUUGACGCUUUCCAAGGGCGCGAGAAGGACUUCAUUAUCCUGUCCUGUGUUCGAGCCAACGAGCAUCAAGGCAUUGGCUUCCUGAAUGACCCCAGGCGCCUCAAUGUGGCUCUCACCAGAGCAAGGUACAGCGGAAGCCACUGAGUGUGAGACAGCUAUGUCUGCCAGUCCCAAAGAGCCCUUUGCUUCUAUCUAGCUAAGGAAAUUAUGUUCUUGUGCAACAGAGGAGAAAGGUGCAGGUCACUUGCAACUUUUCUUUUUUACCCUUCUGCUUAGAGUCAGGGUGGGGAAAACAAUGGGCUUUUUGGAGUGAGUUUUCUCAGUGUUUGGCUUGGUACAAGCUACAAACAUCUGAGCUGAUAAUAAACCAACUGGCUUGUGCAGGCUAGUCUUGCGUAGAGGUUCAGCAGUGUUGUGUUAAGGCCUUUAAGUUUCCAAACCCAGUCAGAUGGGUGGCAUAUAAAUAAUAAAAUUAUUAUAAUAAACUGUGCUCUGCAUGAAUUGGAUUCAUGUCUCUCUUUAGCUGGCAAACUCUUGAGAGCGCUUUUUGCAAGAUCAUGACAACACAAAUGCAGUUCUCCAGCUGAGAAAGUCUGGAAUGGAGAAUUUAAAUCUAGCAGAUGCAGUAGAGCAGCAUGUAUUGGCUGAGGUCCUUCUCUGAGUGCCUUCCUAAUCAGCAGUGUGUGAGAGAAGCCCAGGAGAGGGGCCCACUUCCCUAAAGUGGAUCCCUGUUUUGCAAACUUCUUGGGACCAGGCUGCAACAUUUUUACUUAUACAGGCAUUUUUUUAUUUGUUUAUGUUGGGCUAGAUAAUCCUCAGGGUCCCUUCCAACUCUACCAAUCCAGGAUCUAUAAUCUGCUAUAUUUCACUCAUGUGUCUUAUUGGGCUUCAGCGUUCUGCCCAUAAUUUAAUGCACCACCCUGGAAUCAGUUUUGAUGAAGGGCAGUACUGAAAUCUUCAUAGAUUAAAUAUUAAAUUUAAGCCAUCCAAAGAGAACCAACCUCCAGGGGGCAGGCAGGAAGGCCUGAGCCAAAUAGGAGGCUCUUUGCUGGACACCAGGCUAGACCCCCUGGGAGAGAAGUAUAACUAUCACCAGGGUGUCACAACUGAGAAAACCCCUUGCCUGCCUGGAAUCAAAAGGCAAAGGCCAUGGAGAUUGGCACCCAACAGAGAGUGGAGCACUUAGGCGGGUUCCUACGGCCGCAAGUGGUCCUUCGGGUGGCCGCAGGGUGCUGGUAGGUUCUGAGUGCCAAGGUGGUACCAGGUGGUGAACUAGUUUUUGUAGUGAAAGCUGAGUUUUUGGAUUUGGCUGCCUGCAGAGGCAGAGCAAUGCUUUGGUGUGGACUUCAUUCAUUCAUUCAUUCAUUCAUUCAUUCAUUUAAGGUAUGGUGUCAUCAUUGUUGGGAACCCGAAAGCGCUUUCCAAGCAGCCCCUCUGGAACCACUUGCUGAACUACUACAAGGAGCAGAAAGUGCUGGUCGAGGGGCCCCUGAACAACCUCCGUGAGAGCCUCAUGCAGUUCAGCAAGCCUCGGAAGCUGGUCAAUACCAUCAACCCCGUAAGUGCCCCUGGUGGGGCUGGAAACCUACACCUGUGCCCUGCUUUAGAGAUUAGGCUUCACUGCCCUUCUCCAGCACCCUAGAACUGCUGAGACUGUAAACUGCCCCUCCCAUGUGAAUAAACCUGUUCAACUGCCUCACACUCAGCGAUGCAACUUUUGCCCAGGUCUUUCAGACAGGGUCCCAUUUCACAGGUGAAAGGCGAAAUAAGGGGAGGGGAAACAGCUUGAAAUAUUUCGCCCAUUCCCAGGAGUUCCCAUUCCCAAGCGUCCUGCCUUUUGGAUCUGUAAACAACCUUGCAGUGGUGUGGUGGGGGGUGGUAAUAAUAAUAAUAAUAAUAAUAAUAAUAAUAAUAAUAAUAAUACAGUAAUAAUAAUAAAUGAUCCAGUUUAUUAUUAGUAAAGCCAAGGUGAAACAGCUGAAAAGUCAAUCCACAACACACAGCAGGCAAAUAGCUUCAUCCACCCUCUUUGAGAGGAAACCCUGCAGUUGUGGCGCCACCACCAAUAAGGACCUGUCUCUUCUGUUCCCACCAGGCGUGCCUCUCUUGGUGGUAGAAUGUGGAGCAGGGCCUCGGAAGGCCUCUGUGAUUGGCAGGCAGGGAAAAGCCAUCCUCUUUGCUAAAGGAAAGAAAGUUCCAGAAAGUUCUUCCUCAUGUGAGCCAUCAGAAACAGUUUGUGUGAACAUAUUUUAAAGUGGUCUUUAAUUUCUGCCCCCCUUUCUUAGGGAGCCCGGUUUAUGACAACUGCCAUGUACGAUGCCCGUGAAGCUAUCAUCCCUGGAUCGGUGUAUGAUCGCAGCAGCCAAGGUGAGAACUUGGCCGGGGGAUCUCUCCUCGGUCCAAAAGAGAGGCAGCUUUUUACUCCAGAGCUGUUCUGAUACCUCCAUGGACCAUGUAUCUGUGGUGGGUUGAAAGUCCUGGUGAAGAGAGCCCUGUGCCUGCGGUGUUGCUGUUCCCUGUCCUUGCUGUCUUGGGACUUGUUCCCUCUGAGCUCUUCCCCCCUAUUCCCCUCAGGCCGGCCCUCCAACAUGUACUUCCAAACACACGACCAGAUCGGGAUGAUCAGUGCCGGGCCCAGCCAUGUCACCGCCAUGAACAUUCCCAUCCCCUUCAACCUGGUGAUGCCUCCCAUGCCUCCACCUGGCUAUUUUGGACAGGCCAAUGGGCCUGCUGCCGGUAAGAGAUUGUGCCGCACAGACAGGCACUCCCACGGCUUGUAUGACGUCUGAAGUGCUAAGUGGCAAGGAAGGGGGUGGGGAGGGAUUUUGGGGUAAGGUUGCAGCUUCUUCCAUCCUCCCAGCAGUGCGUGUAUGAAAAACCUCAUCAGGCAGGUCUCUGGAUAAUAACAAUAAUUUUAUUAUUUGUACCCCUCCCAUCUGGCUGAGUUGCCCCAUCCACUCUGGGCAGCUUCCAACAUAUAUAAAAACAUAAUAAAACAUUACACAUUUAAAAACUUCCCUAUACAGGGCUGCCUUCAGACAUCUGCUAAAAGUCAGAUAGUUAUUUAUCUCCUUGACAUCUGAUGGGAGGGCAUUCCACCGGACACCGGUCGGUUUAAUCUGGCCCCUGUUUAUUUCCUGGUGUAAAAUCCUUUUAAAAAAACCCUCAACAACUUCAAUCCUAAAAGAAGCUCAACAACUUCAGUCCUAAAAAAAGCUCAAUAACUUUGGUCGGCCCCCACGGCCCUUCACUUCAUCAAAUCUGGCCCUCUUUGAUAAAAGUUUGGAUACCGCUUCUUUAGAGAGUUGAUGUACCCAGUUGUCUGUCAACUGAUUAGGUAGUGAAAGCUGAGUUUUUGGAUUUGGCUGCCUGCAGAGGCAGAGCAUUGCCAUCAUGGCUACUAGCUAUCAAUAGUCAUCUCCUCCUCCAUGAAUUAUUCCAGCCCUCUUUUCAAGCCAUCCCAUUUAGUGGCCAUCACUAAUUCCGGUGGGAGAGAGUUCCAUAACUUAACUAUGCACUGCAUGGAGAAGUUCUUUCUUUUAUCAGACUUGCUUAAAUAUAGUGAAUUAAUCCCAGUCAAUUAGUUGUGAUUCCUUCUCAAUAACUACAUAGAUUUUUACAUAUUUUAUUAUUCAUUCAUUCAAUUUAUAUGCCACUCUUUAUCAGAAGAUCCCAGGGCAGUGUACAAAAUUAUAAGCACAUUACAGGCAUACUGACAGACAGCCUGUAUGGGGAUUAAUUUAAUACAGUGAAACGGUUUAUAUAUUUAUUGGAUACAGAGGACGCUUUUUGCCCGCUUUCCAGCCUGGCUGCUCUCCCAAGGGUCAUACUGCAUGAGUGCCUUCUCUGCGUUGAGAUUUGUUUUCUCUUGUAGGACGUGGGAACCCAAAAGGCAAGACCAGCCGUGGUGGGCGCCAGAAAAACCGCUUUGGGAUCCCAGGGGCCGGUCAGUCAAACCUCCCCAACAGCCAGGCCAGCCAGGACGUGGUCUCCCAGCCGUUCUCUCAGGGCCCUUUGACUCAGAGCUACAUCUCCAUGAGCCAGCCGUCUCAGAUGAGCCAGCCAGGCUUGUCCCAGCCAGAGCUGUCGCAGGUAAAGGAACUUACUUAAGGUGCUGGUGUAUUGUGUGUGCUCCAGAGUACAGAUAUUUACACAUCAACAUUUCUGGAGGUGAAUUGAGGCCAGAAAGAAAUGGCCCCUUCCUUGAACUGGAGGCAGGAGCCCUUGCCACUCUCUGCCUCACAGGUAAGUAUGAGAUAUGCAUCCACCUGGCCCUAAAAUUGUAUUUCUGUUUGAACUGCCUGUUUAAACUCUGAAUCGUUCUGCUAUUCAGUGUAUUCUCUUUGGUCUUCCCUCUCUCUCCCCACUCACACUUCAAUCUCUCAACUGGAAAAUAAUCUCUCUUCUCCUUCCUCCCAUUUUUUCUCUUCAGGAUAGUUACCUUGGUGACGAGUUCAAAUCUCAGAUCGACGUGGCCCUGUCGCAGGACUCUACUUACCAGGGGGAACGCGCAUAUCAACACGGAGUGACGGGACUGUCACAAUAUUAGAGUGUAAGGUGCUUUUCCGAUAAUAAGAGUUGGGGAGAGAACAGGGGUGGUGGUCUCAUCAGCGCCCCCAUCUCUGUGCACAUGCCACUGAACGCCUGGCUCAAUCUUUUGUUGAAUGGGAUCUGAAUGCUGUGCUAAUGCCCCCACUCUCUCCAAAUUAUGAGCAUUGGAACUGGGUUUUUCCUUUCACAUGUGCUCCGUUUGCCAUCAGACUGGUCUGCUUUGUUCUCUUUGUUCUUGCUGGCUUUGACUGGGAGGUUUUGGCCUAUCCAGAUGUUGCUCUCUGGGGGGGGGAGAGGUGGGCUGCCUUGGGUGAUGACACUUGGUCCUUGAUGCUUUGUUAAGAUGCUGGGAAACAGUGAAAUCUACUCAGCGUCUCUUUGCAUUUCUUUCUUCAAUUAAGGACUGGUCAGAAUUCAGGGGUCUUUUGUGAAACUCCUCACUCAAGGCAGCGUGAGCUUGUGGAAUUUGGUUGCCACAGGGUGUAGAGGUGGGCAGACUUGGCACCUGGAGGUCAUUCCUGCCCAUGAAGGCGGAGUGGCUCUUGGCCCAGAUACCUGAAUGUCACCCCCAGUCCGAGGCAGCAGUCCCAGAUCUGGAGAACCUGCUGGAGGCAGGCAUCUUCCUCCCACCUGGCUUGUGAGCUUUAUCUAGAGGCAUCCUAGAUAAAGCACAAUUCAAAGUGUUGGUGCUGACCUUUAAAGCCCUAAACGGCCUUGGCUCUGUAUACCUGAAGGAGUGUCUUCAGUCCAGACACUGAGGUCCAGCUCCAAGGGUCUUCUGGUGGUUCCCUCACUGCAAGAAGUGAGGUUACAGGGAACCAGGCAGAGGACCUUCUCAAUGGUGGUGCCCGCCUUGUGGAACACCCUCCCAUCAGAUGUCAAGGAAAUAAACAACUAUCUGACUUUUAGAAGACAUCUGAAGGCAGCUCUGUUUAGGGAAGUUUUUAAAGUUUGACGUUAUGUUUUUAUAUGUGUUGGAAGCCACUCAGAGUGGCUGGGGCAACCCAGCCAGAUGGGUGGGGUAUAAAAAAUUAAAUUAUUAAUAAUUAUUAUUAUCUAUCAGGCACCGGCGGGGAGGUGGAGAAACUCUUGCCUUAAACAAGUCUUGUACUGAGUGGUGGAGAAAAAAUGGUACCUGCUGGGCCUAAUAAUAGAGGCUGUUGGUAGCCACGGAAUCUGCAUCUUCCAGACUCCUUUGGGUUCUGCCCACUGAGCCAUUUAUGUGCUCAGAGAAGCCUUUCUCACAAGCCACAGCCACGGCUUGUGACAGUAAUGGCAUUUCCCUUUUCUUUCCCUGCCUUAGGUUGAAGGAGAAGAGCUAAGCUGAUGUGGAGCUUAGUUCAACAGCAUUUUAUUCUGGGUAAUAAAAAUAAAAUAAAAUGGAUACCUGUUUUCCACUGCUAAAACUGAAGCAACUCUGUGAGAGCAACAGGAGAGAGAGAGAGGAAGAGGGAGAGGAAGAGAGAAACCAACGGAGAGGAGAGCGAAGAGCACGCGAGCGAGAGGAAGAGAGAGAGCCCACUGCUAGCUCACUGAGACAAGGAGAUUGACCAGACGGAGGUGGGAAGAGAGAGAGCAACGGAGGACCGACUGGCGCCUCGCUGGGAGGGGGAGUCAACUCGCCCCAGAAGAGCAGAGUGGUCAGCAGAGUUCCCUGUCCUCCCCGUCAACACACACUGAGAGAGAGAGAGAUUCAGAGAGAGAGAAGAGCCUUGGAAGCAAGCUUCUGUUCUUGUGAGCAGGGCGGGGAGAGGAAAACCCCCAUCUCAGAGUUGUUUGCGUACCCAUCUCUCUUUUCCCCCUUUUAACCAGAAGUGGCAUCUGUUGGCAUCUUCUUAAAGGAGCAAGUGUACCAUCAUCAUAAUCAUCACCAGCCUCGUCCACCCAAGAGGACCCCAAUCCUUCCGAGCUCGUGGGAAAGCCAGCCGGCUGGUACCCUACUCUGAGAUGUGUGGUUUUGCUGUCCAGGAUCCAGCUUCGAACCUCACAUGUGUGUGGUGUCACCCGCGUCCUGAAUGGACUUAAAUAAGAUGGGGUGUUUCUUUUUUUCCUUUUUUUUUUCCUUAAAAAGAAAAAGAGAUUCUUGCAAAAGAAGCACUGGAUAUUUUUUUAGAAGUUUGUCUCUGAAAUCUUAGUAGUGGACCUGGGCGGGGGGGAAAUCCUUGUUCUGAGAAGCUUAAAAAAAAAGAUAUAUAUAUAUAUAAAGUUUAACGCUUAAAAAUUAGAACACCACUCUUUUUAAGAUCUUUUUUCAGUGUGAUUUCAGUCAAUCAGCCUCUUCUUCAGAUGGUAGAGUAGCAGUGAGCAAGGAAAGCCAGCACAUCCCUGCAGCGAGGCAGAAGAUGGUUCAAGUGUGUGUUUUUUUGUCUUGCUUUCAAUUGGCUUCUGCCUGGGCUCUGCUCUGUGUGAUGACAACAAGUGGUUGUUGUUGUUUUUCUUUUCUGUAAGACUUUCCAUGCGCUUCACGAGAACAGGGAGUGGGUGCCUGUGCCCUUUUGCCCACCCCCGCCCACCCCCAAGAGGGGGGGAACAAAAAAGGACACUGCUUUUUCUCGCCUCCCACCCAAAAACAGUAGUGGAAACUGGGGAUUAUAUUGGUUUUGAAGUAAAGACUCUUAACAAAGAUACUUUCGAGGCAGGUUGGGUGGGGCGGGCAGGCUGAGAGCGGGAGGUGGCUGCGGAGAAGUGGGUCUCAUUCUUGGAGCAUAUAUCGGGGUGGGGGGGUUGUCGUUGGGGGUUUUGUGCAGCGGUGCGGCGGUGGAGUGAGUUCAACGCCAGGCAUUUAAACCAAUCUUGAGGCGACGUCUGGGGGGGGUCACAAGCCUUCGCUGGUGGAGUCCUUCAAACUACAACUGCUAUGAAUCUGACUGGGAAAGGGCACCCCCCUUGGGGGGAGGGAAAUCGCCGCCUUGCUGCACUUGUAGCAAAAAGCAUUCUUUUAUCUGCAUCAAAAGCUUUCUAGGAAAAAAGCUGAAGUAGGAUUUCCUGUUUAACCUCCUGCCCCCACCAGCCCGGUGAUCCAUAAAUGUCGCAAUGCCCUUUACCUCUCUGAAACAGUUUGAUCUGCCUUCUAGAUGUGAUUUCCCCCCUUCUUUUAAACCGCUUGUGAAUUAAUUUUCCCCAGUCAAAGGGCUCUUAGCAUCUGUUUAGCUUUUGUGUGUACUGAGGAACUCGAGGUUAACUUAACAUGAAUGUACUUAAGAGAACUCCCUGCGCUUUUUUUUUCUUUUUUCUUUAAAAAAAGAAUAGAGAUUUUGGAAAUCUGUCUUUCUCGUUCCUCUUCUUCUCCCCCCACCCCACCAAAGAAAAAGAGCAGCCCCUACCCAUCCUUCUGCAAGAAGUGUGCUUGGCCUCCUUGGUAUCCAUUAGACCUGACAACCUGUAGGGAGGUGGGGGGCAAGCAGGGAGGCUCAGAGGGCCUGGUACUCCAGUUCCCACCCCACUGGGUAGGCUGUGUUGGCUGCAUAGGUUUUCAAAGCUAGACUUUUAAGCGCUUUUGUCUCUUUUUUGUGCAAGGCGAUCUGCUGAGUAAAGAUAUUCCUCCCCCCCCCAUCCUUCUGUGGCUGCCCGAUUCCUCCCCUCCUCACAUUUUGCUAGUUAGCACCUGCUUGCUUCUGCUUUGUGCUGGGUUACUUUCCCCUCCCCUUUGUAGCAGUUAAAAUGAAAUCCUUUUGAGUUUUUAUAUAAAUCCAUUUAAAGAAAAAAGAAAAAAACAUCAGUGCUAGCACCGUGUUUAUUUUUUUUUAUUUUUUUUUCCAUCUCAAGUUUGCUUUAAAAUCUGUUUGUCAUCAAAUUAAUAAAGAGCCUCUUGCAUUCAGC